AUGCUGCUGCGCCACCUCGGACCGGGGCCGACGUCGCCGGUCGUGCCCAUGUCCGCAGUCUCCCCCGUAUCGACGCGCGGACUUGUCUUUGUUCAAGCCUCGACACGCUUUCACCGCCUCCUCAAGGCCGCCGCGUACGUCUUUGGCCUCGGCGUCGUCUGUCUUGUCUGCCUUGACGCAAUCGCCAACAACUGGGCCAUCAACGACUUUAUCGGGAAUGGGUACCAGUUUUUAACGCCCAUCCCGGAUCCCAACGACCUCCUCUCGCAGUACAGCUUUGCGAACGAAGCGAGUCUCACCGACCUCUCGAAUGUCGCCCAGCGCAUGAACAACUACACGAUGAGCAACCUCGUGCUGCCCCACAACCCAAACAUCUACGUGCUCUCGGCCGGCACGUACAUUGUCAACUCGAAAAUGAACCUCUGUGCGAUCUUCCAGCGCACAUACCCCGCAGACGUGAGCGCUAAGAAGGUGCGCCUCGGUGUCGCCGUCGACGCCAUCAGCUUCAUCCGCGGCAACGCCUUCACACAUAUCUUCACGGACGACGCAAGUGUCAACCUUGCCGAUGCGUCCAUGGGCCACUACCAGCUUGAGGAUGCGGGGUACUUGCCGUCGCGCAUGCAAGUAGACGUCCGGCUCACCAAUAAAAUUGCGCUGCGCAACACGUCAUCGCCUCAGAACUUGGUGCUCAGCUACUACCGCAUCUACUCCAAGUCGUACUGCACGGGGUGUCUUCCGAUCGCCGAGCUCGGCCAUGGCGUGUGCAACAUGACGAUGGUGUACAACCACAGCGCCAAGUCGGUCAAGGUGUCGCAGUCGACGUUCGUGGAUGGGUCGUCGCACGCACUUGGACUCAUGUUUCGCCAAACGCUCUUUAGCGCGGUGGCCCACUACCUCAAAUUUGUGGCGCUGCUAUUUGCCAUUGGCGGAUACCUCGCGAGCCGGCGCACGGUGCAGUGGCAGGACGUCGACGUGCACUCGACCGAGACCUUUGUGCAGCGCAUCAUGAAGACGGUCCUGCCCGAGUACUACCCGCACGUCUCGCACGCCCUCCGCUUUGACAUGUUUUGCUACAACUCGGACAUCUUUGUGCUGUUGUUUGCAUCCAGCGUGGUCUUGGACAUUCCAAGCGCGAUCAAAUUCACGCGCGAAGUCCAAGUGUUCUUGGCCGAGUGCACCAACAGUGCCAUGUCGAUCCAGCUCUUUGCGUUGAGCACGCGCCUCCUCUGGGUCAACUGCGGGUUUCUAAAGUUGCUCAAGUAUGUGGUCAAUAUGAUCUCGACCGCCACGUACUCUGGGGAAAGCCGCAUCAUGGGCCUUCUCAACUUGACCAGCGUCACGUCGCUCUAUCUGAGUGCGAUUUUACUCUUUUACAUUCCGCCGUUCAUCGAGUACAACAACAGCGUGCGUCAUGACCUCAAGAAUUCGCUGGAAGAUUUGGACGACACCGCCGUCGACUAUUACGAUAGCUUUUACAUCCGCGGCUUCAGCGCGGUUGUCGGCGGCUUGAUGUUGAACGUGCUGCUUGUUGUCAGCCUUGACCAGCUUCUCAACCGAUCGUUUUGGAAAUUGAUGGCGACCAACUCGCUCGCGCGCCAAGCCAUGUACAACUCGACGUCGAUCCUCAUGGACUAUAUCACGGACAUUGAUCCGGGAGUCUUUGCUCGGAAGAACGCCAUCAUCCACUGCAAGGCGCGCCGACUCUGCACGCUGCAAUGGUUCUUCAUGUCGCACCUGUACACCUUUGGUUUGCCGGAGAAGGAUCUCCGGCACAAGAAGGAGACGCGCGGGUCGACGCCGACGACGACGAGCGGCAAGGCGGGUGAGGACCGCUACGUCAUUGCGCAAGAUGGGGCGCAUCAUAUUCAUCUCCUCGACGGCGAGUUUACCGACGUCAAAAACUUGAUGCUCAACAUCAAAGUGCUCAAGGACACGCACGUCGCCAUCACCUAG